AUGGAAGACUCCAACCAUACGGCUGAGAAUGGAUUCAUCCUGCUUGGUCUGUCGACCAUUCCGUACCUACAAGCUAUUUUCUUCUCCCUGUUUCUGUCUAUGUAUGUAGCCACUCUAGUAGGAAACACUUUGCUUAUUGUAGCUGUGAGACUAAAUACUCAGCUCCAGACCCCAAUGUAUUUCUUCCUCAGUAAUCUCGCCUUCAUUGACAUCUGUUUCUCCUCUACUGUAAUACCCCAACUUUUGGUAAACACUUUAAAUACAGAGGUAAAAAUUUCUAUGUUGGCAUGUGCGACUCAGAUGCUCAUAGGUUUAGUUCUUGGCUCAAUGGAAUGUCUACUGCUGACAGUUAUGUCCUUCGACCGAUAUGCAGCUAUCUGUAAACCAUUACACUACAAUGUUAUCAUGGGCAAGAAACUGUGCAUAUGUUUAGCAAGUGGAUGCUGGACAUUCUGUAUUAUAAAUGCCUUUGCUCAUGUUACCCUAAUUUUUAAAUUGCCAUUUUGCAGGUCCCACCAUGUCAACCACUUUUCUUGUGAGAUGCCUUCAUUCUUUCGAAUAGCUUGUACAGACACCUGGUUGAAUGAGAUCGCAAUGUAUGUCGCAACUGUGAUUAUUGUGAUAUGUUCCUUCUUGUUGACUUUAAUUUCAUACAUUCAUAUUAUUAAAACAAUAUUAAAGAUCCGGUCUACUGAUAGACGGCAUAAGGUUUUCUCGACGUGCGCAUCUCACCUCAUCGUGGUCAGUCUCUAUUACACCACCAUCAUGUCCAUGUAUCUACGCCCACAUUCCGCAUACUACCCCGAAACAGACAAAGACAUUUCCCUUCUCUACACCACGGUUACACCACUGCUAAAUCCCAUUGUCUACAGCAUCAGAAAUAAACCUGUUAAAGGCACCAUAAAGAGAAUAUUUACCAGGAAAAUCUUUAGAUAA